UCUCUCUUCCUCCUUGCCCUGUUUGUUGCUGCAAAAGGCGCAGACUACUAUAAAGUCCUUGGCCUGAGAAAGCAAGACAACCCAACGCUGCGUGAUGUCAAGAAACGCUACAGAACCCUGAGUAAGCAGCAUCACCCGGAUCGUAAUCCAGGGAAUGCAGAAGCCAAGGCCAAGUUUGUGGAAAUUGCAACAGCGUAUGAAGUCUUGUCGGAUAAGGAGAAGCGCGCAACGUAUGACAAGUAUGGUGAGGAAGGAUUGAAGCGACAGGAAGCCGGUGGUCAUCAUGACCCUUUUGACUUGUUUAGUCAAUUCUUUGGCGGUGGUGGGAACGGGAAGCGACGUGGACCGAACCUGGAAACGGUGGUGGAGCUGGAUCUCGAAUCACUGUAUACGGGUGGUGAAUUCACCUUGGCCAUUGAGAAGCAAGUGGUGUGUGAUGUGUGUUCCGGGACUGGCUCUGAUCCUGUACAUGACUUGCAUACAUGUGAUGAAUGCAGUGGCCAUGGUGUCAAGCUCGUUCGGCAUCAACUUGCACCAGGCAUGUUUCAGCAAAUGCAGAUGCAGUGCAACAAGUGUGGUGGACAGGGCAAAAUCAUCUCGCAUCCAUGCAGUAAGUGUAAAGGCAACAAGGUCUACAAGGAUAAGGAACAAUUCACACUCGAUGUCAUUCCUGGAUUGCCAAGGAAUCAUCAGGUUGUGUUUGAAGGGGAAGCUGAAGAGUCACCUGAUAUCGAGACGGGCGACCUCAUCAUCACCGUUCGUGAACGACGGGAUAAUGCACGCGGAUGGCGAAGGAAGAAUUCAGACUUGUACCGCACAGAGGCCAUCUCUCUGUACGAAUCGCUCUUUGGCUUUACGCGGGAGAUCCAACAACUCGAUGGAUCCAUGCUCAAAGUCGAUCGACGCGGCAAGACAACGCAACCAGGACAGGUGGAGGUGCUUGAGGAAUCAGGCAUGCCACUCUGGAAUGAGGAGCUGCAAAAUGCAGCACUCGGGCAUGGUCGUGCUUUCAUUGAAUUCGUUGUCGUGCUGCCA